AUGUCUGGCUUGAUUACUGGACCAACUGCGAGGGCCCCGCUAGUCUCUGUCAGCUUACAAGGCAUAGUAUAUGGAUUCUCCACAUGCAUGUUCGGGAUGACUGUGUGGGUGCUUACCAUUCAGCGCAAAGGAAGGGCAAAUAGAGCAAUGUUAGCUAUAUCUUCUUUCAUGUGGAUUAUUGAUACACUGCGAAUAGUCAUAGAUAUGACCGAUCUCGUUGAUGCCUUUGUCAAUCACUUGCAUGAUGGACCAGGUGACUCUGGACCUGAGGCGUUCAUCUCUGCGUUCUCGAGGCCCAUUUCUCUUGUUGAUAAUGGCAUUUACUGUUUGCAAACACUCAUUGGUGACGCCGUUGUGAUUUAUCGUUGCUAUAUUGUCUGGCAAUCGGUAUGGAUGAUUGUGAUUCCGUCGUUGGCAUGGAUGGGCUCCUUAGGGAGUAUUAUCUUUGUUAUGUAUUCAUUUGCCAAAGGAAUCGUCACGGGGCAGCGGAUUGUCCUGGUAUACUCUUUUACCUUGGCAGCCAAUUUAACAGCGACUCUGGCACUUGCUUAUCGAAUUUGGAAAGUCGAUAAGGAAGCCAGACAUCUCCGCGAUUCGUCGAACACUCUCAGACCAGUACUCCUGACAAUUAUCGAGUCGGGAGCCAUCUACACGGCACUUCUGAUUUUUGCACUCAUUACGGUGACACACGCUCUAGAAGUAGAGUAUGUAGUCAACAGUAUUAUGCCAGCGAUGAUAGCCAUCACUUUCGACAUGAUCUUCAUCCGCAUCGGAAUAGCUCAGAACGCGAGAUCUGGCUACCGAGCUAGCGGUACAUUUCCUCUCAGUACGAUCAUGUUCAAAGAAAACGAAGUAGACAAUAUCAAGAAAGAUUAUAGCACAAAUGAACUAACUUCCGGAAUGGCCUUCGCAGUGAGCGAAGAUACGACAACGACACCGAUCAAAUUCCAUCACACGGUUCUUUCUCCAUUCUUCCGAGAGAUCUCACAGAAGAAGCCGCGGACGGCGGGCAUAUGGUCGCUGGUGGUCGACGUUUCAAUUGUCAACAAGCGUCAACCCUACGAGCGGCCCGAGUUCUCAGCCGCACGCAUCAAGCACGCAUCUCUUCGCGAUUCCAGUCCUGUUCGCACCCAUGGUGUUUUCAGCCCUCCGUUAGCUGCUGUUGUAUUUGAGCUGCUUUCUCUCUCUGGCACUACCAGUCUCCAGCUGCCUGCACGACGAUGUCUCUGUACCCUGCGCUUUCUCUUGAAAGCGGCGUUCUCCUUGCUUGCGGAUUUGUGUACGUAUCUGUGGUUCAAGCGAUUCGAGACGAGUGAUAUCCUCCAUGUCUCGAUACUCCUUGGGCUUCCACCUGCUAUCCCGGUAGCGUUUCUUCGAACCCAUCUGGAGUCCACUUUGCUGGCCGGCCUUGUCGCGUAUUCUACUUUUUAUGUUUCUCUUUUGCUGUCCAUCCUCGUGUAUCGCAUCUCACCGCUACAUCCUCUUUGGAGUUAUCCGGGUCCCGUCCUAUGCAAGAUCUCUAAGCUUUGGCUGGUCUACGUUGCGUCUGACGGGAAGUUGCACAUGUACUAUUAUAAGGUACAUAAAAAAUAUGGACCUAUCGUUCGUAUUGGCCCAAACGAGUUGUCAGUUGUUGACACUGCUCUACUUCCAUCUAUCUUGGGUUCGGACGGGAUGCCCAAAGGACCUUUAUGGGAAGGAAGGCGAAUUUCAGGGAAGAGAGGUGCGGGUGCAAAGAAUGUUAAAGGAAACCUCAUCGGUGCCCGCAAUAAGCAACAACACACUGAGGCGAGGCGGGUAUGGAACCGUGCGUUCACGAGUGCCUCGGUAAAGCGUUACGAGCCCAUCGUCAUUCGAAGAGCUUCACAGUUAGUGGAUGCUUUAAAGAAAAGAGCUGGAAAUGAGGAAGUAGAUCUCUCGCAGUGGCUAAGCUACUUCUCCUUUGACUUCAUGGGUGAUUUCGUUUUUGGGGGACCAUUCGAUCUUCUACGCGAUGGCGAUAAGAAUGACCUUGUAGGUAUGAUGGAAAAUGGUCUUUACCUCCCGGCGUUGACGCAACAUGUCCCUUGGUGCAUUGAGGCUCUUCUCACCCUCCCAUUCCUAGGAAAACAUAUGAAAGGGCUCGGAGAGUUUGCCUUCCAGCAGAUCACGAGGCGAAUGAAGGAAGGAUCAGUACACGAUGACCUAUUCUAUCAUCUCAACGAUGAAGGACGAGGAGAUACUAGUAGUGGAUCGCCUCCACUUCCCGUGCUCAUGUCCAAUGCCGUCACUGCAAUCAUCGCUGGUUCUGAUACUACUGCCGCGGCACUCAGCAACACAUUUUACCUUAUGUUGUCCCAUCCCAGCUGUUAUCGACGCUUGCAAAUUGAAGUUGACGCCGCCUUCCCUCCAGGAAGAGGAGAGCCGACUGAUUCAGCAAAGCUUGCUCAAAUGGAAUACUUAAAUGCUGUAAUCAACGAAUCCCUCCGCUUAUAUCCUCCUGUUCGUACGUCUCUCCAGCGCGCGCCUCAAAUGGGCACCGGUGGGCAUAUGUUGGGCUCCACCAUGUUCAUCCCGGAGGGAACCGCUAUAUACGCCCCACCAUACGUGUAUCAUCAUGACCCGCGGUAUUUCUCCCGCCCUGAAGAUUUUUUUCCAGAACGUUGGCUGUCCAAGAACGGCGAGGACAAUACUUUUGACCCCAGCGCUUUCAUUCCGUUCUCGAUGGGACCCGCGAACUGCGUUGGACGGCCUCUUGCGCUGAUAGAGAUGCGCAUGGUCAUCGCUUAUAUCCUUCAUGCCUUUGAGCUGCGUUUCGCAAACGGAUACGAUCCUGCGUCGUAUGAGAAGCACCUGCAAGACCUAUUCGUUACGCACCGGGGUCCUCUCCCUGUCACCUUAAUUGCUCGUGCCGCGAACUAA